CAAAUCCCAUUUUCCUAGAAAACUGCAACUCCGCUGCUCCAAUGGACCUCAAAUAUAACAUAACUGCCUUAUUAUCCCAACUGCCUAUAGCUCAUAUUUGUGUUAACAAUAAACCUGCUUCCAUUGCUGCUGUUGCACUACCAAUCCUAAUGCUAUGA